CUCACCUGGCCGCUAGCCCUUACCCCGCCGCCCACGAGGGGAGGAGCUAGUGGCGGCCCCGGCCUUGGGGCUCUACAAGCAUGGCGGGGUCGCGGCCACGGAGCUGGGGCUGGCGGGAGACGGCCUCAGGGGACGAGGCUGCGGCCGGUGGGCCCGGCCCGGGACUAUGUCGCUGCGCACAGGGGAGGCGGGCGCUGGCCGCCCCCCGGAAGCCGGCUGUGCCCGCCGCGUGGACAUCCUUCAUGGCGGCGGAGGAAAUGCAUUGGCCUGUCCCCAUGAAGGCCAUCGGUGCCCAGAAUCUGUUGACCAUGCCUGGUGGCGUGGCCAAGGCUGGCUACCUGCACAAGAAGGGUGGCACCCAGCUGCAAAUGCUCAAAUGGCCCCUUCGCUUCGUGAUCAUCCACAAGCGCUGCAUCUACUACUUCAAGAGCAGCACCUCUGCCUCUCCGCAGGGUGCCUUCUCCCUGAAUGGCUACAACCGAGUGAUGCGGGCAGCUGAGGAGACGACAUCCAACAAUGUCUUCCCAUUCAAGAUCAUUCACAUCAGCAAGAAGCACCGCACGUGGUUCUUCUCAGCCUCAUCUGAGGAUGAGCGCAAGAGCUGGAUGGCCUUGCUACGCAAGGAAAUCGGCCACUUCCAUGAGAAGAAGGAGCUCUCUCUAGACACCAGUGACUCUAGCUCAGACACGGACAGCUUUUACGGUGCAGUGGAGCGACCUAUAGAUAUCAGCCUCUCUCCAUACCCCACAGACAAUGAAGACUAUGAACACGAAGAUGACGAUGACUCGUAUUUGGAGCCUGACUCCCCGGGGCCCAUGAAGCUUGAGGAUACCCUGACACAUCCACCAGCCUACCCACCACCCCCUGUGCCUGUACCACGGAAGCCAGCCUUCUCUGAUUUGCCCCGUGCCCACUCUUUUACCUCCAAAAGCCCAAGUCCCUUACUUCCACCCCCACCCCCUAAGCGAGGCCUUCCAGAUACUGGCCCUGCUCCCGAGGAUGCUAAGAAGGACCCAAUGGGCCUGAGGCGAGCAGAUCCUGGCCUCAGGGUGCCUGCUACCCCUCGGAGAAUGAGUGACCCUCCACUGAGCAAUGUACCCACCAUGCCCAGCCUCCGGAAACCUUGCUUCCGAGACAGUAUGACCCCCAGCCCGGAACCCUGGACCCCUGGUCAUGGGACUAGCUCUGUCUCCAGCUCCACUGCCAUGGCCAUUGCCACCUCUAGGAACUGUGACAAACUCAAGUCCUUCCACCUGUCUUCCCGAGGGCCGCCCACAUCGGAGCCCCCACCCGUACCUGCCAAUAAGCCCAAGUUCCUGAAGAUAACUGAAGAAGCUCCUCCAAGGGAGGCAGCCAAACCUGGACUGUCUGUGCCCCCUGUGCCCCCUGUGGCCCCCAGGCCUCCUGUGCAGAAGAUGCCCAUCCCUGAGGCUACAGUUCGGCCUGCAGUGCUGCCUAGACCAGAAAAGACACCUCUCCCCCACCUCCAGCGAUCACCCCCGGAUGGGCAGAGCUUCAGGAGCUUCUCCUUUGAGAAGGUCCGGCAGCCCUCCCAGGCUGACACUGGCGAGGAGGACUCGGAUGAGGACUAUGAGAAGGUGCCGCUGCCUAACUCAGUGUUUGUCAACACCACAGAAUCCUGCGAGGUAGAAAGGUUGUUCAAAGCUACGAAUCCCCGGGGAGAGCCUCAGGACGGGCUGUAUUGCAUUCGGAACUCCUCCACCAAGUCAGGGAAGGUCUUGGUCGUGUGGGAUGAAACCUCUAACAAAGUGAGGAACUAUCGCAUCUUUGAGAAGGAUUCUAGGUUCUACCUGGAAGGGGAGGUUCUGUUUACAAGUGUGGGCAGCAUGGUGGAGCACUACCACACUCACGUGCUGCCCAGCCAUCAAAGCCUCUUGCUGCGCCACCCAUAUGGCUACACUGGGCCCAGGUGACAGCCAUUCCACACAGCUGUUGAGUGGAAGUAGCCAUGGGGCCACAGCCCGGCCUGCUUGCAUGGGAAGAUGAGCAGGAGUGGGCUUGAUGGCAGACCUCAUCAACAAGACUCCUAGCUUCAGUGGAUAGGCUGGAGCAGACCACAACUAUGAGAGGACUGGCUGGCUGGCCCAUCCAGCCCCUCCACGCACCACCUCUCAAGACUUCAGGGCCGAUGACCAAGUUCUGCCUGGCCUUCGAAGACACAAAAUCCAGUCCCCAUAGCAUACCCACCCUGUAGUGGGCUGGGACCAAGCCAGGCUGGGGUAGUUGGAUGGGGCCUAAGGCUGGUCCUAGGACCCAUAGAAAUGUGAAGACACAGUCUCAAGGAGGGACCACUGCCUCUUAAUAAAUCAGAGAUAACCCUUGUCUCGAUAGCCAGGGUUUGCUUGGCACUGAGGGGACAGCAGGCUCCACUGAGCGUCACCAGUGUCCAGGUAGAGAGCUACUGACCCAGCCCUGAUGGAUGAUCUUUAAUCUUCUAGGGCACAGGCUGCUAAGCGAACUGACAGGGGGACAUAGCUAAAUAAUAUCACGAUCCCUCUGGAUCAGUCAGUCCUGGCUGGAGCCUGCAGUUACUGAGUGCCUCCUGUGUGCUGGAGCUGGAGCCGGUGCUGGAGCUGGCUGUGGGCUGUGUGCAGCCCCUGGUCCGGCUUGGCUGAGCUUAGUCUAAAGCAGGUCAGCGAGUGUGAGAUGCUCAUGAUGGUGCAGUGUCCUGCGAAGCCGUGCAUGGAGGAGCCAGGAGCUUGGAAUCCAGUGGGAGGUUCUAGGAAGACGUCUAACAGGAAGUGUUGAUUAGAGUGUGGGGGGUAAGUAGGGCCUGAAUAGGCCAAGGAGGGGUGGAGAUAGUCACAUCCAGGUGCCCAAGUAGUUUGGGUGGUCUCAAUGGGUCCCCUCAGUUUCUGCCAUGUAAUUCUGCCAGGCCACACCCUGGUAAGCCAUCUAACCUGGAUGUUUUUGUGAAAAUAAACGCGUCUGGAGGUCAGGGCUGGCGGAGACCUUGGCAUCAUCGCCUUCACUGUACUUUA